GCCGUGUUUACCUGUAGCUGCUCUGGGAUAUUAUUAGAAAGUUAAGGUACAUCUCCACCACCAGGCGCCGAAUCUGAAUCUAACAAGCACCUAGAUAUAUUGCAGGACUAUUUCAAGGGAUUUAAUCACCUGACAGAUUAACUAUGAAGUUUGACGAUAUCUUGGUGAGGAUUGGAGAGUUCGGAUUUUAUCAGAAGCGGCUCUACCUGAUUCUCUGUAUACCUGCUAUAAACGUAGGCUGUUACAUGAUGAUGUUAGUCUACACAAUGCAUACACCGGCACACAGAUGUAAAAUUCCUGGAUAUGAAAAUGAUACAUAUCUUGAACAAAAUGAAAAGCACAGACAACUGAUAAAUAUAACCAUUCCGCUCCCUGAAGAUCCGCAUUCUGUUCUGAGAUAUGACCGAUGUCACGUCAUCGGAAGAGAGAAUAACGUCACGACUCUUAGGAAAUGUAAUGAAUGGGUUUACGAUACAUCAGUGUUCGAAGAAACAUUUUCAUCAAAGGUGAAUUUAGUUUGUGACGAUGCUCUGAAGACCUCCCACGCCCAGAUGAUAUUCUAUUUCGGUGUGUUGGCCGGAGAUGUGGGGUUUGGAUGUCUUGCCGAUGUAUUUGGUAGGAAGAAGGCCUUGGUAAUUUCUGCAGUUCUUCAGGUAGUGUCUGCAGUCAGCGUGGCCUUUGUGUCCAAUUAUUACGUCUUUGUUGUUCUGAAUUUCCUUGUGGGAGCUGCAUGCCACGGCGUCUUUGUUCCAGCUAGUGUUUUAAGUGUUGAGAUGGUGGGUCCCUCUAAGAGGGUUAUGACUGGGAUCCCCAUACACAUGUUCUUUGCCGUGGGGCUGCUGUACCUGGCUGGGGUGGGGGCCCUAGUACGGCACUGGCAGCACCUCCAGCUGGCCGUGGCGGUACCCUGCGCUGUUUAUGUCCUAUAUUGGUGGGUGAUACCGGAAUCCCCGCGGUGGCUGCUGUCUCAGGGAAGAAUGGAAGAAGCGGAAAAAAUUGUACAACGUGUCGCUAAGGUGAAUGGCGUUGACGUGAAGGGAAAUCUCAUUGUGGGAGAAAAAAUUGAAAUUCCGAAAGGAGAGAAGAUUUGGCACGUGUUUAAACACAAAGUGUUGUUUGUUCGGGCAAUGAUAUUGUUCGUUAAUUGGAUUGUUAUUGCUAUGGACUAUUACGGAGUAACCAUGCAUGUCGGAAAUAUAGGAGGAAACUUCUACCUGAAUCAGUUUAUUCUAGCAAUUGUCGAGUUUCCCGCAAAAAUUGCCACCAUGCUUUUGUUGAACAGAAUAGGGAGGCAGAAGUUACACUGCUUGAUAAUGAUCAUAGGUGGCGCUGCUUUACUGUGUACCAUAUUUCCAGUUCUCUAUGGCAAGGAAGAGUUGAGUAGUCUGACACUGGUAUUAUCAAUCAUUGGUAAAAUGGGAUCCUCCGCGGCCUUUGGUGUAAUCUACAUCUACACGGCGGAACUCUACCCCACCGUGGUCCGUAAUGGUGCUAUGGGGACCAGUUCCUGUAUCGCUCGGUUUGGCGGUAUGGCUGCCCCUUAUAUAGCCUCAACAGGUGAGUAUGUGAGUGGGAAGUUUGGCCAGGCCUUGCCGUUGGUGAUAUUUGGUGGUUCCUCCGUCACUGCGGGCUUUCUCACCCUAUUCUUACCGGAAACACUACACAGGAAGUUACCGGAAACCAUCCAAGAUGGCGUCGAAUUUGGAAAAAAGAAAGAGGAGUCGAUCAUGAAUGACUAUUCAAAAAAAAUCAAAACACCACAUCCAAGUUUGUCUUCCUUUGAUAAUACUGCAUUUGAGGGAACUACGUUGUAACAAAGAAGAGGUGUAGUGAAUACAAUACUUCAUCCUUAUAUAACAUUAUAGCAUAAUACAUUUAAAUAUUAUAAUUUGCAAUUAAUCUAUGUCUUAUACAUAUAAUUACAUCCAUAUUCAUGAUAUUAUACACCUAUUUACUGGCUAUGAGGACAAUAGCAAGUUUAUCGUCCCCCAAGACAGCAAACUAUUUCCCGAGGCGCAGCCGAGGGAAAUAGUUUGCUGUCGAGGGGGACGAUAAACUUGCUAUUGUCCGAAUAGUCAGUAAAUAGGUGUUUUAUUAUACCGAUGCUGACUUUACUUUUGUUACGUCAUAAUAUAUACGUCACAAUCCAUGUAAAAUCAGAAGUUUUCAGAGAUGAAAAGCGAGGGAAAUCGAAUG